AUGAAUCUACCGAACCUUGGUCACAUUCCGGUUUUCCAUGUCCCCCCAGCGUCAGACCCAGCUCUGCUCCUGGAGCUGAAGACCAGACGGCCUCCGUCGCUGCUGCACCUGGCGGGAUGCGAGACCUGGAGCGUGGACUUCUCCCCGGACGGAGCCUGGUUCGCCUGGUCGAUGGGACACGGCAUCGUGUGGGUGGUCGCCUGGCCGCUGGACUCUGAAGAGGGUCAGGAUGGACAGACAGACAGAGCGGAUAAGAGCUUCAGCUGUGGUCACCCGGUGUGGGGGCUCGCCUUCGGACCUAGACCGCCGGCAGCUGCGCCUCCAACUAAACCGUCCCAAGGAUCUAAAGGGAAAAGCACCCUGCUCCUGGCCACUGGCUUGGAGAACGGGGUGAUCAAAGUGUGGAACGUGUUAACAGGGAAUGCUGUUUUUGAUCUCCAUGGUCACGAAGGUGUUGUUAGGAAUCUGGUUUUUCCACAAAACGGAUCCCUCACGCUUGUCUCUUCUUCUCGGGACAAAACUCUGAGGAUUUGGGACUUGUCUCACAAAGGGAAAAAGGUGCAGGUGCUUUCUGGCCACAAGGACUGGAUCAGCUGCUGCUGCGUCUCAUCCGACUGCAGCAUGAUCGCUUCUGUUGGCAGGUUUGACAGAAUGGUGUGCCUGUGGAGUCUACGCUCGUAUACGUUCAUCAGGAACCUGACCGGGGGGAACAAUAAGAAGCUGUGCCUCCUGUCAUCUUGCGACUUUUCUCCAGACGGAGCCGUUCUCGCCACCGCGGCCUUUAGCGGCUCCAGCUGGUGGAUCGACCUCUGGGAUCCUUACACGGCUGAGAAACUGGCCACUCUGGCGGAUUACUUUGAAGAUUAUGGACAGAACCAAAUCUCUGCAAUACAGUUCUCCCCAGAUGGUAUGCAUCUGGCAAUCGUGACGGAUGACAGAGCUCUGAGGGUCUGGGAGCCUGGAGAUCGACAUAUGACAAUGCAGACGAAAAGAGACAGCGACUCCAGUGGACUCUGUUGCAACUACCAUCCACAAGGAGGGGUCAUCGCAACCGGGACCAGAGAUGGCCAGGUGAGGUUCUGGAGGUCCCCCAGAACCGUACCCAGCUUGUGCCACCUGUGCCGCUCCAUAAUGCGGCACUCUGUCUCAACGCACCAGAUAGAGGCGCUGCCACUACCCAAAAGGAUUCUCGAGUACCUCACCUACAGAAACAUCCCUGAACGCCUCAAGACGUGUUCCUCGUCUGACGAAGAGGACUGGGAGAGUUAAAUAGGAAUAAUAGCUCAGAUUAUACCUUAGUAACCUUAUAGACUAAUAAAAAUGCCUUUUUGUUUACUGAUAGGUUUGAGGGAUUAAUGAAAACAAUUUAGGAACGUAAUCUACUUUAGAUUCACUAAGGGAUUUCAUUUAUUGCACUACCACUUUAAUAUGAUGCAUAAAAGUUCACGUCUUGAAUAUUACAGUUUUAUACAACUAAUUUAUUGUGUAAAUAGGAACUGUACAUACAUAUGUUUCUAAUUCCUGUGGUAUUAAACAGCAGGUUUAGCUCUGCUUAAUUUGCACAUGUUUCUUGUUAAUAAUAA